CACAGCUUAGCUCCGAUUUAUAAACCCUAGCUAUUCCGAUUAGAUUGAUUCAGGAUUUGAUCGGAAAGAUCCGUUCUCUGUGCUGAGACUUAGAAACACUCAUUUCAGAAGAGGUUUUCGCUGGAAAACAAUGGCGGGUUGGCAGAGGAAUCUACAGUUAAUUCGUCACGUUGCGAGAAGAGUGACCAACAGUAACGUUUCUACAGCCAAUUACUCUUGGAGUUUGGAAUCCCCUUUCUCCAAAGGGUGUCUCCUGAGACCAACCUACUCCUCAGCGCCACUGCAUCAUUAUCUAAAGCAAGUGGGGAUUUCGACAUCAAGAAAACUGGAGGCUGGUGAAGAACCUGUGUCAUCACCUUUGUCAUCUCCAGCUCUAUUGGGUCCUGGAAAAGAAGAAGAAGAGCAGAAGAUUAUCCCAAAGCGUAAGAAAGUGCAGGCUGUACUCAAGGCCAUCAAGCAGAGUCCUAAGAAGGUGAACCUAGUUGCAGCACUAGUACGUGGUAUGCGUGUUGAAGAUGCUCUCAUGCAACUUCAGGUCACUGUUAAACGGGCUUCCCAUACCGUGUACCGGGUUAUCCACGCUGCCCGAGCAAAUGCUUCUCAUAACCAUGGACUAGAUCCUGACCGUCUCAUCAUUGCGGAAGCGUUUGUUGGGAAGGGACUCUUCAAGAAGAGGAUAUCUAUCCAUGGAAAAGGAAAAUGCGGGUUGAUGAUAAGACCCGAGUGUCGUCUAACUGUCAUAGUUAGAGAGACGACUCCAGAGGAAGAAGCUGAGAUUGCGAGGCUCAAAGUUCACAAUUUUAAGAAGCUAACCAAGCGGGAGAGGCGGCUAAACCCGCACAAGCUCAUCGAGACAACUCCAAUUUGGAACCGCAGAGGCACUAAAGCCAACCAUCGUUCCUCAGAGUUGGUGCCAUCUCGUUAGUGUCUUUGUUCCUUGAUGGUUACAAGAACGGAUCAAGGUACAAUGACUAGUGUCUUCUUUGCACCUUCUUGUUUGUUUUUGGUUUGACAUUGUACGGGUACUUAAUAGGAUCGGUUUAUUAUUUGCAUUCAAUAAAGUGUUGCAAGAACGGAUUAAGGUACAAUAAUGACUAGUAACGUUA